GGAGCCAACGAGGGGCUGCGCGAUUUAGAUGUAGUUUUGAAUUUUUUCAGGGUUAAGACUGCAGUUCUUGCAUCUACGUGGAUGAUAAGGCCGUCGCUCACAACCUUGUAGAGUUUCAGAUCUUCGAACGUGAGGAAAGUUUGGUACAGUGUUGAAUAGUCAUUCGAAGCUGCUUCCGCUUUUCCGAGAAUUAUUUAAUGGAGUGAAGAUACUCGUAUCAGAUUUGACCAAGUGAGUUAUCAUGGCGUCCGCCACAGACGCAGAAGAAGCCUUACGUUUAACCAAAGAAAGAGAAAAUCUUCAGCAGUUGAUCAGACUUUUGAUAUAUGGAGGUACCACGCUUUUACGAGAAAAGUUUGAUUCUAUUCACUCACCCUCUGAUCUUCCAUCAAAGCUAGGUGACCCUGCUAUAAAAACCAAGCUGAGGAGAGCAGGACUUACUAACCUAGGGUGGAAAUGCCUCUACCCUUCCCCAGAUACGUUUGGCAAGUCCGCCGAUUUCGAUAUCACUAUGAUGUUUAAAUUAUUCAGAACAAUAUGCAACUUAACAGAGCCUGCCACGAGAUGGUAUAAUCUUCCAAACAGUACAGACCACAGCCUUGAAGCUGAUUUAGUGCGGAUAAAAUACUACCGCAAUUACAUUUACGGGCACAACAGCAAAAUGGAAAUUAUGGAAUCUGAGUUCCGUAAUCUUUGGAAGGAAAUCAGUGAGGCUCUUUUACGAAUUGCUGGAUCUAUUAAUCAGGCAAAGAGAGAUGAGUGGAAUAAGGCCAUUGAUAAACUGCUUAAUGAUCCUGUAGUACCAGAGGCACAUAGAUACAUAGAGGAACGGAACUUGUGGUACAAGAACGACAGGGAAAUCAAAGGUUUAGUGAAGCAAAGACUUAAUGAACAGCUUCGAGAAGUCAGCAGAGAUCAGAACAGAGAGAUUUCUGAACUGUGUGAACGAAUGCUUGCCUACAAGAUUGGAACGUACGAGGAGCUGGAUGGCGAGAUGGAAGGUUGUCGCCUAAAUAUCGCGCUCCUUGGUUUGAAUGGCUCUGGGAAAUCAGCUCUGAUCAACAACAUCUUCGAGUCAUUGGGCAUUGAGUCGGAGCCGGCUAUAACUCAGAGCACUGGAAAGGAAAGUAUGAUGACCUUGGACGGUUAUGCUGUUCCGGGAACCCAAAUCACGCUUUACGACCCGCGUGGAUUCUUCGAGUUAGACAGGACGGAACAAGGUAACUCCAAUUAUCUGAGAAUUUCUAUUAAGAAAUUCCUCAUUGAUAUAAUGCCGUAAGUGGCGACACGUUUGCAUGACAUGCCGGGUAACUAUAUACAUCUUAUUAACCAAGCGCGAGGGCCAUAUUAGGAGAAUAUUGGCGCGAAGUUUUGACAGAAUCGUAAAAAAACAUGUCCCGAUGAAGACCAACGUAUCCCAACGUAAGGCUGAGCAUUUUUUUUAAAAUCCAUUUUCACUUACACAAUUUACAAUUUACAAAUACGGUCAGUUACACUACUUACAA